AUGAAUGUCAGCUCAAGCGAUAACGCCAAUGGAAUUGUGGCCAACACGCAGGGGGAGGACGUAUACCCGUAUGGUCACCUCUACUCCAGCGGUGGUGUGGAAAGCUAUUGGGGGAGUGCGGGCAGCCCAGACUUUGUUGCCUUCACUGGCAGCAGCAACUUUGUGGUUAGCCAAACGGAUGAAGCUGCUCCUGUGGGCGGGAGCCAAAGCAACAACACAGCCACAACGCAGAUGGGAAAAAUAAGUGGCGAGCACAUGGGAGACCCCAAUGGAGAUGCUCUCGCAAGUCAAAACAGUCACCUCAAUUAUGCAGCUAUAGUGAAUAGCAUGAAUGGAAAUUACUCGCCGUAUGGAGAUGCCGCCCACAAUUUUAAUUACCAAAGUGAGGAAGAGUUCGUUCAUGAGGGGAGAGCAAAUCAUGUGGAUGACUACAAUGAGGUUCACCCCGAAAUGAAGAGCCCACCUGUAGAAGCAACGCAAAAGAGAAAGACAUAUGCAGAGGGUAUGGACAUGUAUGGGCCGACGAGCAAAAUGAGGAAGGGAGUCAACUGCAGUUACCCAGUGGAAGAGACACAUCACGGUGAAAAAAACAACCUCUAUAGAAAUAACUCCCAGUGGAAAGCAAGAGAGGGAGGUCCGCUAUACCACAGGGAAAGUUCUGGGCUGUAUAAAGGGGCCUUCAAAAAAUGGGAAGGUAACCAACAUGACAGUAGGGAAAGAAAGGAAGCAGGAGAGGGAGAGGAUGAGAGGCACAAUAUGGUCGAUAGAAAACGAUUCGUAAGCAAAUGGGACAACAACGAUGAGGGGGAUAACAAUCAACACGGUGCUCCCCGGGGGGAAAAAACAUAUUAUGAUGACUUUAGGGGGAAUUACCUGGGGAGGGGGGGGUCCAAUCAGUAUGGUAGAGGCAGACCAAGUCAGUUCUCCAGGGGGAGGGCAAGUCAGUAUGGCCGAGGCAGGCCGACUCAGUACGGCAGAGGAAGGCCCAGCCAUGUGGAGAGGGGGGGAAGGUCCUCUCAUUAUGACGCAGGUGGACGGUCCACUCAUUACGAGCAUGGCCGUGCCAGCCAGCAAGACUAUGAUGAGUCCAGUCAACGCCACCCCGAGAGGCCGAAUCGCUACGGGCACAGCGGACCCAACCGAUCUGACCACCAUGGGUAUGACCAGCACAGUCAGUACGAUCGCGGCAGGCCCAGUCAGUACGAUCGCGGCAGGCCCAGUCAGUACGAUCGCGGCAGGCCCAGUCAGUACGAUCGCGGUAGACCCAGUCAGUACGAUCGCGGCAGACCCAGUCAGUAUGGCCACGAUCGACCCGACCAGUAUAGUCGCGAUGGUCCCCCUCAGCAUGGCAGUAAUAGGUCCACUCAGGAUGACCAUGACCGAUUCGGUAAAUACAACGGCGAUCAGCCGAACCACUACGGUCAUAGCGGACCCAGUCAAUAUAACCCUAAUAGAAGCAACCAGUACGAUCGCGACGGGGCCAUUCAGCACGAGCGUGGGAGGACCGAUCAGUAUGAGCGCGGCCAAUCCAAUCAGUAUGACCGGGGGCAGACCAACCAGUACGAUCGCGGCCAAUCCAAUCAGUAUAACCCUAAUAAACCCACUCAUUACGACCGCGGUCAGUCCAACCAGUACGAUCGCGACCAGUCCAGCCAGCAGGACCGCGCCCAGUCCAACCAGUACAACCGCUGCCAGUACGACCGCGGCCAGCCCAACCAGCAGGAGCGCGGCCAACGAAAUGAAGCCGGAGGAAACCGCGAGGCCUACCGGGGGAAGAAAUUCAAGUGCAACAUAUUCGACGAAGAGUGCUACAUCAUCGAAUGCAAAAGUUACGGCAGCGAAGAGAUGGAGCUGCCGGGGCCGCUCAGCAGCAUGGAGGACCUGAGCACCAUCUGUGGAGACAACCUAUACAGAAACAUCUGCGAAAAGGGAUACAGCCAAAUGACGAUCGUUCAGAAGUACUCCAUCCCAAUCAUAAAGAACAAAAUGAAUUUGAUUGCGUCCUCCCAAACGGGAAGUGGAAAAACCUUUUCCUUUCUCUGCCCAGUAGUUACAAAUUUGAUGCGAGACAACGACACGCUGAGGCCUCAUUUCCCCGGGGCCUACGCGUGCGUUUCUCCCCUGGGGCUGGUCCUCUGCCCCACGCGCGAGUUGGUCCUUCAAAUUUUGAACGAGGUAACUAUGGCGAAUUACGAGGGGGUUAACAGCUUGACGAAGAAUAUGGGGCUCGUGUGCAUGGCCUUCUAUGGAGGAGAGACGAUGAAGGACCAGAUUGUUCAGAUAAACGAACGGCAGGCGGACGUCAUCGUGUCGACCCCGGGGCGACUGCUCGAUCUGAUGAACAGCUGUAAGGUGAGUCUGUCCUUUGUAAAGUACCUAAUUUUCGACGAGGCCGACGAAAUGAUUUCCCUUGGCUUGAAGGAACAGAUGGACGCCAUUUUAUUUGAAAAAGACCUGUGUGCCAAUGAUGCUAGACAGACCAUAUUGUUCACGGCGACCUUCUCCGAGAGUCUGCGGGAGGACAUUGAGAAGUUCAUGGCCACUCCGUAUGUGUUUUUGAACAUCACGCAGAAGAGGGAGGUGCGCAAUUCUAUUAGGCAGAUCGUUAAGUACGUGCCCGCGAAGUGCAAGCAGGACGAGCUGCUCAAGGACCUGACGACUCUGCAGGGGCAAGCCAUCAUCUUUGUGGAGCUCAGAAGCUCAAUUAAUUACAUUUUCUCUGCGCUGAAGUCGAACGGGUAUGACGUGAAUUACCUGCACGGGAAAAUGAAUCAGGUGAGUUAUGGCCCCUCGGGUCUGCCCCUACGUUGGGUGGUUGGCGGCGAUGAUGGCGUGGUUGGCGGCGAUGAUGGCGUGGUUGGCGGCGAUGAUGACGUGGUUGGCGGCGAUGAUGACGUGGUUGGCGGCGAUGAUGACGUGGUCACCAAUGGGGAGCGACUUAACGCGCGAGCGCGGAGACAAGCCGUGUUUCAGCAGUUCCGCGAUAAGGAGUUUCAAAUUUUAAUAGCUACCUCCAUCGCGGCAAGGGGCCUAGAUUUCCCCGACCUAGAGUUAGUAAUAAAUUAUGACUUGCCAGCCGAAUUUGAGCAAUACAUGCACAGGAUUGGUAGGACGGGGCGAAUUGGAAAAACGGGACUAGCCAUUAACUACUUUAACAGCUCGAAUAGAAAAAUUAUUGAUAAGCUCAUCGACCAUUUGAAGAAGCACGACCAGACGGUACCCCAGUGGUUGCUCAAUUUUAGCUAG